GAGAAAGCCCUAAUCAAUGCACAACUCGGCACCAUGUUGAGCUUUACCAAACUUUUAGUUAUCGCCUGUGCUUCCAGCUUUCUAAUAGUUGCUGGAGAGUAUAUUGGUUACAGAGCGGCCGCUCUGCAAUACCAUUCCUUUGAUGACAUCACAGGAGGCGGGUUUGCAGCCCUGCAAGAAAACGCGAAUGAGUACAUCAAGUACAUCGAAGAGGCCUCGGCGCAGGGCGCCCAAAUUCUCGUCUUCCCUGAGCAUGGCCUCACGGGGCUGACGUUGGGCUCGACGCUGGGAGAGUACUUCCCCCAGACACAAGUCGUUCCGGAUCCUGAAGCCAGAGAAGUUCCCUGCGACUACACUGACGUUCCAGAAUCUAGCUUGAUCAUGCAUCAGCUAAGCUGUGCAGCCCUAAAGCACCACAUUUAUCUGGUCGUUUGCCUGGCUGAACAGUUCAAUUGUUCCCAAGUUCUGUCAGAGGAUGAGUCGUACCUUCAACAUAGUGUAGAUGCCAACGCCAUGCCCAAUGGAUGCGAGUUCUAUGAUACACAAGUAGUGUUCGAUGAUGCAGGUGCUGUUGUUGCAAGGUAUAGGAAGAAACACCUGUUCAUUGAGGGCCAUUUCAUCGAAGGGACGGAUCCAGAUUCUUCAGCGAUGUUCGAGACGUCCUUUGGAGUCACUUUCACUCUCAUGAUAAGCUUCGAUCUUUUAUUUUAUGACCCAGCGGUCUCCAACAUGGAAAACUUCGGGGUCAGAGACGUUAUCACGAGCUCAGGUUGGAUGGAUCAACUUCCCUUUCUUGUGGCCCCUCAGAUUUGGAAGGGGUUCUCCGAAGGAUACCAAGCAAACCUCAUAGCUGCAAAUCACUACAAUCCUAUGGAAGGUUUCUUAGGGGCAGGGAUUUUCAGGGGCGUCGCAUCAGACCCUGAAGAGUACACCUACGACACUUCUUCUGGCACCAAACUGAUCAUCGGGGAUGUUUUAACGCACGCACCGGUUUCUCCCCGGAAGAAUUUUACAUCAAGAAGUGAAAGAGCGCUGAGUCACAAUACUGCCGGCCAUUCCUCAGUGCACCUAUUGAAAAACAAAGAUUCAAUGGAGCAGGAUUCGCAAGAAAUUGCCACCGGGAAAAGUAAGAAACGCCAUGAAAGAAUGGCUGAAGUUAAUAUACAUCAAAAAUACAAACACGAGAUUUUAGAUCAUUACUCCUAUUCCAUUCUUAACAAAACAAAAUCAGGUGAACUUAUCCAGCAAACAUUAAUAAACCAUCAGAAUUCGUUCACUUGUUCGGUGAUCUACACUUACCCUCCUGGGGGAUCCGAAGACUUUUUGUACAUGCUCAUAUCAUACACAGGAUUGAUAGAACACGGCAAUUUUACUUAUUUCCUUUACAAUGAAAACUGCGCAGUUGUCCUCUGUCUCAAUGAAAAUAUCGAAAGUUGUGCUCAGAUCGAAGGUGCCUACUUAGGAGACUCUACCUUUAGACCAUACACACUAGUGGGAUUUUUCAAUGGUCCUUAUAUCUAUCCAGCCAUCCUGACAGAUAGUGUUCAACUUUUUAAUUCUGCAUGGUGGAACUAUUCCCUCGUACAAGAAGAGAACUUUUACCAGGCCACCAUCAAUAUUUAUGAGGAGGUGAACGAUGUUUUGACUCUGGGCUUGUACAGUCGCUUGUUUUCUAUGGAUCCAGAAGCGAUGCAGUAAGAGAAAUAAAAAAAAAAAUAUAUAAAAUUCCUUCAAAAUCUUCAAUAUGAGAAAAAAAAAAUUUUUCCUUCUAUGGCAACAAAGGUUUUAUAUGGCGUAGAGUUACCUGCAAAAUACAAACUUUCAAGUAACUAUUCCCAUAAGAUAGUACCUGGCCAAGCAGCAUUAUAUCUGUUGAGACUUCCUUAAGGUUUGCUGCUUCUACUAGUGCUGUGAAAUAUACUCUGAGUUGGAA